UAUCUUGUAAUUUUACGAUCGAUCGCGAAACGAUUCCUCCUUGCAUUGACUUUGCGCUAUAAACAUCUCGGUGACACGCUCUUUGCGGCAUAUAGUAAUCGCUGUUAAACGGAAUUCUCAAUAAGAGGCUAAAUGCGAUUUAUAUCCUGAGGCGAUUGCAUUUUGUUCUCGCAAAGUAGUAAAAUAACUGAAACAAAAAGAGCAAGAUGAACAGCGUCGACUUAUUCUUUCAACAAUCGCACUAUAAUAUUAUUCGCGUUCUGUUAAGCAUCAGUGGCCUAUGGCCUUAUCACACAACUAGUAAACGUCGUGCGAUAUAUUUUGGUUUCCUACUUGUGUUCGGAUCUGGUUUGACGUUCGAGGUGUUAGGUAUGAUAGAAGUCUGGCCAGAUUCUUACGAAGUGGUCGACUGUUUGCCGUUGUUAGUUCUCGGUGCAGUGUCGAUGAUUAAACUGGUCUGUGCGGUAUAUACAUUACCAGAGAUAACGAUACUUCUAACAAAGAUGCAGGAUUAUUGUCUUUCUCUGAAAUCGAACGAAGAGACUAAUAUACUGCACUCGUACGCAUUGUACGGCCGAAAUUUAGGUUACGCAUAUAUGGGCAUCUUAUUCAGCCAUACCGUCGUUUUCGUGUUUGCGACGUUAUUAACUAAGCUUCUUGAUACGGGGAGUAGCAACAAUAAUUCGUCAAGUAUCACGCAUGAAACGCAAGUAGGACUGUUUUAUCAUGUCAAUUACAUAGUCGACGUAGAGACGUAUUAUGUACCGAUUUUCAUACAUAGCGCUACGUGUGUCGUGUUUUAUACGCUCUUAAUGAUCACGUUCGACGUGUUGUAUUUGACACUUGUCCAGCAUUGCUGUGGUUUGUUCCAAGCUUUAAGGUAUCGCUUAGAAUAUGCGACCAAGCUUGAAAACGAGAAUGGUGAUUUAAUUUUGGUAUCCGGUCAGGAUAAAAUUCACUCGAACAUCUUAUACAGUAUCCGAAGACAUGCGGAGGCCAUUAAAUUCGUUACCAUUAUGGAGGCAAUAUAUAGGAUACCUCUUUUUGUACACGUGGGAGCAAAUAUAUCGAUUUUGAGUAUAUUAGGAUUUCAGGUAAUAACAAAUACGGAAAACAUUAAUCGCGUUCUCAAGUACGCCAGUUAUUUGAGCGCGCUCCUUGUCAAUACGUUUUUUGAAAAUUGGCAAGGUCAGAAAAUCAUAGAUUCCAGCGAAAAGGUGUUCGAAUCCGCAUAUAAUGCAGAAUGGUACAAAAUGUCACCAGAGCAAAGGAAGUUUCUCAUAAUGAUCAUGAUGAAAAGUAAAAAACCACUUCAAAUAAUCGCUGGCAAUUUAGUCGCCCUAUCGUACGUUAAUUUUAAUGCGGUGAUACGUACAUCGUCGUCGUAUUUUAUGCUACUACGAUCUAUACAGUAAAAAUUCCAGAUGUAACAAACGAUGUUUAGAUAUGUUACACGUUUAUCACCAAGUUUUAAUGACGUACUAUUUGUAUAUUUUAAAACGAUCAA